AUGCCUCGCACGCUGAGAUCGACCUCAAGCGCACGCAGCAAGGCAGAGACGGCGCCUAAGCAUCUCAAGUUCACUGACGAUGACGGCAGCCCGGUUGCGUCCACUUCACUGCAGACCCAGGAAAGACUUUCCAGUCUCAACGAUGCUGCUCCUGAUAUCUCGGACGACGACGACGACGAAGAUGCUCCGCCCGAGACUGUCUUCUCUGCUCGCAACCGGUCUAUAGAAGAAGCUCGUGCAGAGGCAGACGCUGCUGCCUCGGCGCUAGCAAAGGAACAGCGAAAGGAGGCCAACAGGGCUCGUGAUGCUCGCCUGAAGCAAGCCGCAGCGGCGUCGAAAAAGCGCAGGCUAGUCACGCAGGAUGUCGACGCAGUGUCCACGAAGGCUUCUCGGUCUCGCAAGUCCGAACAGCUCGAUCCCAGCCUGUUUGCGGCUGCUGCAAAAGCGCACGAAGCCGCGCGGCAAUCAAAGCAAGCGAUACAGGCCAAGCAGCGGCGUCAGCAGAAGAUCAAAGCCGUCGACCGGAAACCACAGCCUCCCCUGCUUCGACCCGAUGCGCGCCAAGUCGGCGAUAUCCGCGUUCAGCACUUGCCAGAUGACCCGAGUCUCAACAGACCGCUCGCGGGCAGCUCGCUGCCGCCGAAACAAGCAGAAAACUUCGUCCGCAACCGGCUCUUCUCGCGCAAAUCCUUGCUCUCCAGUCGCGCAAAGACAAGCGCGUCCAAGUCGGCUCGAGUUGGCGGAACUGGCCGUCAACGGAAGCAUGCACACAUUGCAAUCUCUAGAGGCACACGAGGUCCAGCUCGGCAAUUUGCCCGUGUCGUAUGA